AUGAUUGUGAAGAAUGCGUAUAAAGAAGCUGUCACGCAAAAUUUUAGCGUGAUAUCUUAUAUUUUGCCUGAGUUAUACGACGAUGAAGUUCGAAUUUUGGCAGCCGCCAUUAAAAUCCGCCAUAUUGGAAAGUUCAAGUGUUCGGGAGUCUUUGACGUCAUAGUCUCAACACAUGCUGGCGCGCAACAUAAAAAUAUAUACGCGACUAUAGUAAAACUCGAUCAUGCCUUCGUCCGUUCUUCGCGUUGUGUUGUACAAGAUUGCAGCAAUACUUCUAACAAAAACGCGGGUAGAUCAUUGCAUAAGAGCCCAAAUGACGAAUCUUUGAGAAGAAUAUCGGUUAGAUUUGUGCAAACUAAGCACGCCAAUUUUUAUCCAAGCUCGCGGGAAAUUGGAUUCAUGAUUUGUUUGGACCAUUUUUCAACGAAUUGUUUUGAGCGUUUAUUUCAUUUGGAUGGUUUGCAAAGACGAAUCAAACCAGAUUCUGUGCCUAUUAUUUGGAGGAAAGCGCCUGCGCAACUACCAACAAAAGACAGGCUUAGUCAGGUUUAG